AUGCUCAUUCUCAGGUUGCUCAAUGUGGUAGCCCCAGUCUACUUCUUGUGCAUCUCCUUGGUGACCUUCGUCCUGCAGCUCUUCCUCUUCCUCCCCAACAUGUUCAAGGACCCCACAAUUACCCCUCUCUUCUCUCCAGCUCUGCUACAUGGGGCUCUCUUCCUCUUCCUUUCUGCCAAUGCUCUGGGCAACUACAUCUUGGUGAUUCAAAACUCACCUGAAGAUAUGGGAACUCGAAAGAAUGCAGGGGCUAGAGGAGUGGGUACUCCUUCUGAGUGGCCAGAGGCAGGCAGGAAGGCCUCAUCCUCCUCACAGAGCACCCACUUUUGCAGGCUCUGUGCUAGAGUGACCCUGAGACACGACCAUCACUGUUUCUUCACAGGAAACUGCAUCGGAAGCAGAAACAUGAGAAACUUCAUUAUGUUUUGUCUUUAUACCUCCUUGGCUUGUCUCUACUCCAUGGUGGCUGGAGUCGCCUAUAUCUCCACUGUACUCUCGAUCUCCUUUGCCCAUCCUUUGGCAUUCCUAACACUCCUGCCUCACUCCAUUAGCCAGUUUUUCUCAGGAGCUGUCCUUGGUUCUGAAAUGUUCGUCAUCCUCAUGCUAUACCUCUGGUUUGGAAUUGGACUGGCUUGUGCUGGCUUCUGCUGCCAUCAACUCCUGUUGGUCCUCAGGGGACAGACCCGACGCCAGGUUCGGAAGGGGAUGGUGGUGCGUGCUCGCCCCUGGAGGAAGAAUCUGCAAGAGGUGUUCGGAAAGAGAUGGCUCCUGGGCCUCCUGAUCCCCAUGCUCAAUGUGGGGAGUGAUUACCCUCGACAUAAGGGCAAAUAA